GCUUUCUUUGCAACACUACGUCAUCACCUCAAACCACUAACUCUUCAGCUCUGCUCAACCUACAUGCUUUUUACUGACUGAGCAGUCAGACGUCCAGUAAAAAAUAAUCUGUUGCUGUGUCCUUUUGUAUACCUGUUGCUGUGAUGGGAGGCAGAUUCCUAGUUCUUUCAGCUCUUCCUCUGUGGAUGAGCUUUGGCAGUGCUACGGCCCUGGGUGAGUCUCAGAUCUGCUAUAUCCUGGACGGUAUCUUGUUUCUGUACGGUAUCAUCCUCACCGUGCUCUACUGCAGGCUCAAGUUUUUCCCACAGAUGGUUCCGGUGACUGGCGCUGGGACAGAAAAGCCACCGAAAGCGGAGGAGGGUAUCUAUACGGGUCUGACCCCUCAUGCUGCGGAUACCUAUGAGACCAUCGGUCAGAAGAAAAGAUUGAAGUAGCAGAGGGUGAAGAGUUGAAGAAGUCAUCUGUCAAAUCACUUUUGUCUCCAAGAAUUUCCCAGGCCUCUUAUGUAUUUUAUUUAACAUAGAUUUUAACGGUUUGAGAGAAAAUGUAUACAUUUUUGAACAUUUACUUGCGUAUGUGUGAACCUCCUUUGUAUGUGUCGUAAGAGAGAGAAAUGUGACAAGAUUAAAGGGGAAGUUGAGCUGUGGGUAAAAAUGCCCCACUUUUGACAGUGUAUGUCUUCUUUGUAUGCUACUUAUACUAAAGUUCCUUAGAUUUAGCUUGAGAUUGAUGUUUUUGGUGUUUUCAAAUAUUUUUCUAUAUAGAUCAAUAUAUAGUUUUAGCAAAUAAUAUACCCCUUUUUUACUCUUGAGACUUGUGUUCUGGGUGUACUUUAGGUAUUUUCAAAGCUUCUAUGGUGCUUUUAUAAUACAUUCAAAUAAAAUAUCAAAAUGA